UGAAAUUCUUUGUUUUCAGGUAUUUUUGUGGACAAUUUAUCUAACUUGAUACUACACCCUGGACCGCAGCAUCCAGCAUCCGUGGAAUUUGGGUUUGACCAGUCAGAAAGAGCUGGCUAGGAGCAGGUUAUACAGGUGCAGUGUUCUUUUGUUCUAACGGACAUUGAGUGCGGAACUCACAAUGGGGGAACUUUUCAGAAGCGAGGAGAUGACCCUGGCCCAGCUCUUCCUCCAGUCAGAGGCAGCCUACUGCUGCGUCAGUGAGCUUGGAGAAUUGGGCAUGGUCCAAUUUAGAGAUCUGAAUCCAGAUGUAAAUGUGUUCCAGCGCAAGUUUGUGAAUGAAGUGAGGAGAUGUGAGGAGAUGGACAGGAAACUAAGGUUUGUGGAGAAGGAGAUCAAAAAAGCGAACAUCCCAACCGUGGACACUGGAGAGAAUCCAGAGGUGCCUUUUCCCAGGGACAUGAUUGAUCUAGAGGCCACCUUUGAGAAGCUGGAGAAUGAACUAAAGGAGAUUAACACCAACCAAGAGGCACUGAAGAAGAACUUCCUGGAGCUGACGGAGCUUAAACACAUCCUCCGUCGAACACAGCAAUUCUUUGAUGAGAUGGAGGAUCCCAACCUCCUGGAGGAGUCAUCAGCCCUGAUGGAGGGCAGUGAGGGGGGCCGUGGGGCCCCACUCAGACUGGGGUUUGUGGCUGGAGUGAUUAGCAGGGAGAGGAUUCCAACUUUUGAGAGGAUGCUAUGGCGGGUGUGUCGUGGCAAUGUCUUCUUAAGGAAGGCAGAGAUUGAGGACCCUUUGGAGGACCCCACUACGGGAGACCAAGUCCACAAAUCAGUGUUCAUUAUCUUCUUCCAAGGUGACCAGCUAAAGAACAGGGUGAAGAAGAUCUGUGAGGGGUUCCGUGCCUCACUUUACCCAUGUCCAGAGACCCCUCAGGAGAGGAAGGAGAUGCUGGCAGGAGUCAACAGCCGCAUUGAUGAUCUCCAGAUGGUGCUGAACCAAACAGAGGACCACCGUCAGCGAGUGCUGCAGGCUGCCUCCAAGACCAUGAGGGUGUGGUUCAUCAAGGUGAGGAAGAUGAAGGCAAUCUACCACACGCUCAACCUCUGCAACAUUGAUGUUACCCAGAAGUGUCUGAUUGCCGAGGUGUGGUGUCCUGUCUCAGACCUGGACUCCAUCCAGUUUGCUCUGCGCAGAGGGACGGAGAGGAGUGGCUCGACAGUGCCAUCUAUCCUCAACAGGAUGCAGACCAAGCAAACUCCACCAACCUUCAACAAGACCAACAAGUUCACGUCAGGCUUCCAGAACAUUGUUGACGCCUACGGCAUUGGGAACUACAGAGAAAUCAAUCCAGCUCCAUACACCAUCAUUACGUUCCCAUUCCUGUUCGCUGUGAUGUUUGGUGACAUGGGUCAUGGCGUGUUGAUGACUUGUGCUGCCCUCUACCUGGUCAUCCGAGAAAGUCGCCUCCUUGCCCAGAAGAGUGAGAAUGAGAUGUUCAACAUGGUGUUCGCUGGUCGCUAUAUUAUCCUGCUCAUGGGGAUCUUCUCCAUCUACACUGGCAUCAUUUACAACGACUGCUUUUCAAAGUCACUCAACAUGUUCGGCUCUGGAUGGAGUGUCAGGCCCAUGUUCAGUGUAAAAGGAGCGAACUGGUCGUUUGAGACACUUGAUGGAAAUGCAGUUCUACAGUUAGACCCAGCGGUUCCUGGUGUGUUCAAUGGGCCUUAUCCAUUGGGAAUUGAUCCGAUCUGGAAUGUUGCCACCAACAAGCUUACCUUCCUUAACUCAUUCAAGAUGAAGAUGUCUGUGAUCCUGGGUGUCAUCCACAUGCUGUUUGGUGUGUCUCUCAGUCUCUUCAACCACCUGUACUUUAAGAAGCCACUGAACAUCUUCCUGGGCUUCAUCCCAGAGAUUGUCUUCAUGUCAAGCCUGUUUGGGUACCUUGUUCUUCUGGUGUUCUACAAGUGGACAGCCUAUGAUGCCUCCACCUCCAAGGAUGCUCCAAGCCUGCUCAUCCACUUUAUCAAUAUGUGUCUGUUCAACUACAGCGACCCCACAAACAAGCCUCUCUACAGGGGACAGAUGGGGAUCCAGGUUUUGUUGGUGCUGAUUGCCCUUGCAUGUGUACCCUGUAUGCUGAUUGUGAAAACUAUGGUGCUUCGGCGCCAGCACCUGUGGAAAAAGCACCUGUCCCAGAAGAGGGAAGAAACCCCUGCAGAGAAUCUAGAGCAGUCUUUAGAGCAAACAGGCGUGUCCUCAUCAUGCACCGGACUCACCCAACAGGGCACGCAGAAGUUUGGAGGGGUGCGGGUGGGCAACGGACCCACGGAAGAUGAGGCUGGCAUCAUGGACCACGACCAGCUCUCGCAGCACUCAGAGGAAGGAGAUGAGCACUCAGAGGAAGAGCCGGACAAAAGAAAAGCAUGGAAAGAGGAAACCAGACCAGCACAAAGCCAAACCCAACAAGAGCAACACAGAGCAAUAGACUCCCAUGAUUGCCCCCUCCCGGCCCACUUACAUACAGGGAAGUUUGACUUUGGUGAUGUAGCUGUCCACCAGGCCAUCCACACCAUAGAGUACUGUCUGGGAUGCAUCUCCAACACAGCUUCCUACCUGCGACUCUGGGCCCUCAGCCUGGCUCACGCACAGCUGUCGGAGGUGCUUUGGUCCAUGGUGAUGCACCUAGGUCUGUCCUCCCGGAGUGGGGGCGGGUUCUUCGGCCUGUCCAUCAUAUUCUCCGCCUUUGCCACCCUCACUGUUGCCAUCCUGCUCAUCAUGGAGGGGCUGUCAGCUUUCCUGCAUGCCUUGCGUCUGCACUGGGUGGAGUUCCAAAACAAGUUCUACUCUGGCCAGGGCUUCAAGUUUGUCCCCUUCUCAUUUGAGAGUAUCCUGGAGGGACGAUUUGAUGAAUGAUCCCGCCUCAGCCCCACCAGGAUGAGCCAGUAGAGUCCUCAGCCUUCCCCCCAAUCUGUGUAUGUAUGUAUGUGUGUGUGUGUUCGCAUGUGCAUGCAUGAGAUCAAGCUUAGUCCUCUUGCAUCCUCUAGUGGUCACUUGUGAAAUUAUUAUUGUUUCUGAGCAAUAACAGUCCUUGUAAAUGGUUUUUCCAGUGACCAUAUACCAAGCUGUACCCAUACUGGAGCUUCUAUUCCUGUGACACAGUACCAUCACUGUGCUCAGCUCUCAGUAUGUUCACUCCCACUGUAAUAACAUUUCCUCUGCCAGCUUCAAAAAUAUGUGUUACCCGUUACAUUUGGCAAGGUCUGUGUCCUUAUAGAUGAAUUUGAAUUGUAGACAAGUUGAAAAGUCUUUUAUCUUUAGAUCACAUUGUGAGUGGUUUGCCAAUAAAUGCCCAUCUAAGUGAUCUGCUGUAAAACUGUCAUUUCUGACUAAACUACUUCAAAACCUGUGUCCCAUGGAUCUACCUUAAGUAUUUGCACAGCUUAGAACAGUGAGGCAUUGGAAAAACCUUAUCCUGCUUGUGAAGAAGACUGUAAGACACACUGUCUUCCUUCUCAUGUGUAAUCAGAAAAUCUUUAACCCCAGCAGAAAUAUUAACUCUAUUUGUACUAAUUGUACUGCACCUCUGUAGAAACACAAGACAGAAAAAUUCUAUGUUACAUUUAUGUACAGUAAGAAUACCUUUCAUAGGCACAUACAAUA